AUCCGGGUCCUCCCGGGUCCUUUUUCUUGAUUCGUCUGAUGUAUGGAAGACAUGCAACCGUGCAACCCCGCCCAAUAUCGUGGCAUCAGCAAAAUGAAUUGCCAAAUUUGCAGCAAACAGUUCUCAACCCCGAACGCGUUACACGAGCAUAUUGGGUUCUUCCAGUCCCAACUCCAGUAUCAUAUUCGGGAAUUCCUCAAAUGUCUGUCCCAUACGUACUCGCACGUCGACAAUGAGGAGGAACACCAUGAAGAUGGCAACGAAGAAACUGAGGCGAGCUGUGAGUUGCUGAACAAGGAAACGGACAACGAGGAAAGCGUGGGCCUGGAAGAGAACCACGAUCUGCGGUGUCCACGGCGAAGCUGCUCGCACUGGAAUCAGCAGCAUACAUACAAGGAGCUGCAGCGUCACUUUGCAAUACAUACAACGUGCCACGAACGGUGUCCAACAUGUGGACGUGUUAUGGACCGUGUCAGCACCUUCUUACACCACGCUUGCAAAUACGGUAUGGCCACUUCAAGCGGGUACGUUUUGCAGCGACGGAAAGCACUGAGGCGCGACGUGGAUAGACAAUUACGCAUGGAAAUGUUGCCAAAGCCUCCUCGUUCCCUUAGACCUGAACUACUUGCAACCCCUACGACUCAACCACACAAGAAGCGAAAAGGGGUCCCUGACGAAGUUACGGUAAAUGAUUCAAUUAGCCUGAUCGCCGAUGCCCACCAUCGUAUGCUCGAGACCCAGCGAUCGGUUCAGUUUACUUCUGAAGUUUCUUCUUCUGAAUUAACAGAACCUCAAGAGUCACUGGAGUAUAGGGUCCCUACCGGCCUCGGCGACGAGAUUUCCACCGAGAUGAAUAACCAACUGGGAAUACUGCUCGACCCAACAAACGCGUGGCUUGAGAGCAAUAACCAGCAGUUGCUACCAAGCGCCCCGGAUACCCACAUACCGCACAUGACUUCCGUCCAUGAUCAGUCAUUUCUGAGUGCUUCCUACUUUGUAGGCAACAGCCAGCACCACAAUAAUUUGAUACCUGGAUCGAAGGCACCACUGAUGUUUACGGACACGGACAUGAUGCUUGGAUCAAGAGCACCAAUCAUAUGUAGGCCAUUGCAACUGUACGAAGCAGAACCGGGCUACCGUGUGCUUGAAAGUCAGUCGGGGCAUACUUCUCAGAUAACGGGCGAUAACUCUGAUGUGUUUGAGAACCUUGGUUUCGGCUCCUCGUCGACCCAUGGAGGAAAUUGUUGAUAGAGGGUAACAUUUCGGUACCUCAAUACCUUGACUAGUCUUCGAACUUGAAGUUCAAGCCAAUGGUUGGUGUUUCUAUCGCGGCGGCUUGCGAGGACAAUGCUUUGGGAAACUUCUUUUUUGGCCAACCCUGUAUUUCUUCUCUUGUAGCACAAGCAAACUUGAUUGAAUAACCCUGAAUCGAUCGAAAUGAUACUCGCGCAUCGUGAAGAACUCUAUCCCACCAUCAGGCAGGUCUAUCUCCAUUUGUUUGCAUCCUUUCAAUGGAGCCUCCAACAUCUCUAGUAGACCGUUGGGGGCAUUGAAGCCUUUGAUCGGCAGCGUGUGCGAUCCAUUAAAUAAGACAACUUUGGAACCAGGACUUUGUAGGCGAACCACGACGGCAUUUCGUUCGGAGUUGAGUCCAGUCAUGAAGGCAUAAAUGCGGUCAGGGUUGCUGCGGUAGACCUCGUAGAUUCCGAUACUACACCAGGGAAACAGAGUUUCCAAAAUGAAUCGGAUUCGCUCGUCCUCAAUCACAUUCCUUUGACAAAAUUCCAAUCCUUCUGCGGUUUCUAUUGGAAACCCCGCCUGUUGGAACUCCCUAACUCGUUCUCCUAUCGAUGCAUCUCUGAUGGCUAUGUGGGCAGCUUCUGUGAACUUCUCUUGAACAUCUGCCGUUGAUAUCGAGGCGCUCGACGCCAUAUCGGAAAGGUUGCUUUACGAAGUCGCCAGGCGGGAUGUUUAGGCUAGGAUGUGAAUGCGGGAGAAAUUUUGUGACGAUGCCUGAAUCACGUGGGAACAGCGCUGUUCAUGA